ACUGCCUUCAAGGAACUCGAGUCAGUCCCUGCCGGCCGUUCUCCGUCUAACGGAAUGGUACAUACACGUUGCAUCGCCGGCGCACAAUAAACACACUGUUAUUACUCGGUCUGCCACUGCUCUCAAUUAGUGUCGAUCGCCUUCGCUUAGGCGUGCAGCGUGAAGGGGUGACAUCACGUUCCAAUGGCAGAUUCCGGUCAACAAACUGUCGGCGACUAUGCUAAGAGUUCGCUCCGAAAUUCCUCAGCGCAAGGUGAUCCAGUGUACCCAUCCGAUUUAGAAGUCACAGCGUCUAGCAUUACUGCCUCCCUCUUAAGGACUCUGUCUCUCUGUCUAUCCCAUUCUCCCUUCAUCAUGCACCCUCCUACUCAUUCCCCAAACGUGACUCACUCUCCUCGUGCCCCAGAUAGUUCGUCUCCUCGCCACACGACGAUGGCGCGCAGCACAUCCGCCGCUGGUAGUCCACAGUGGCCCAGUACCGACUCCAUGCUGUCUUUCUACCAAGAUCCUGUGGGUUACAUUGGCGAUAUCAUUGACCAACCCCCGAUGCCACAAGACUAUGACAGCAUCGACAACUACUUGAACCCUGACAUAUCGUUUGGCAGUAACCAGUCGGAUGCGUCGUCGUUUAACGCACCCUGGUACGAACCUCCUGCGAACUCGUUGCUGCUUGCUCCCAACGUUCCUCACGACGUCUCUUCCGGUGUUUACUAUCCUUUCUCUGGCAAUCUCGCCCCUCACAACAACACAUCCAACCCUCGGCACCACACCAUUCCCGGCAUACGCGUCAAUACCGCUCUCUCGCCACCAUCAGCGCUUGAGCAUCUCUCAACACCUUAUAAUGCGAACUCGACCCUCAGUGCGUCACCCCGUUCUGGACAUUCCAACUCGCCUUACACUCCUGCUUCGCUCUCACCCAUGCGCAACAACACCCUCGUCGUUGAUUCAGCCCACCAAUCCCCCCAUUCACCCGCCUUGAACGGCAUCCAACAGCUUCGCAGCCCUGCACCCUCUCUUACAGUCAAGAGUCCUUAUUCGAUGGCACCUUACUCCCCAUCUGCUAGCUCCUCUAUCAGUGGCUUCGAGGACAUGUCCUUGGCUAGUGCUGUUGACCCCAACUUUCCCCCAUUCACACAAGUUACCCAGCACGCAUCUGUUUACGACAUUGCUAGGCUGUACCCUGAUUCCAACCGCCUCGUACCCCAGCGCACCUACCGCCCAAAUACACAGAGUGACCGUCGUCGGUACGUGGAAGAAGUGCAAUUGGAGGAACCCAUCAUGUUCUUCGUUUCGAAUCCCGAUGGGCUGGGAAUCUCUUGCAGGGACGCUCUCAACAGUCGCUUCAUUCGUUUACGAGGAAGAGACGAUCAAAUGUUCAUCAACCGUGGACCCAGUGUCUCUAUUCGUGUCAUGUGGCCGGGAUACGCUGCUUGGAGUCGUCAAAUCCCUACUCGUGACUUCCGCACUCCCCCCGGUCCUAUUACCCGUGCCAAGCUCGCCAAAAACGUUGCCAAAACGGUCGACAGGUUCAUUAACGAUAUGAGCACGAAACCUAUGGAAGAUGAGGCUGACCCUCGUUGGCGUGUCGGUAACCACCACAUCACCAUUGACCAGUUGGAGCUUGUUGGUCUCCAACAUGUAUCCAUGGGUAGUUGGCAGGUCCACCUUCGCUUGCGACAAUAGAUGUCGCAAUGUCUUCACACAACCUUGCACUGUCGCGAUAUGUCAUUGGCAACCGUCUCGGUCAUCACCUCUCUUACGUCCUCUCAUCCCUAUGUAUUGCCAUGCCAUGCCCAUCACAUGGGAUCAAUACCCGGCCACUCUUACAAUUACA